AUUCGGUUUAUUUGUUAUUAUGUUUUAUUCAUACCACAAUUUUAUACUUAAGUAUUAUAAUUAAUAUCAUAAUAAUUGACAAUUGCUGUAACUUAAAUUAUUAUAUAGUUAAUCAACUAUUAACUAUUAUUUCCCGAACUCUACACAGAAAGAUCGAUAGACGACUAAUUAACACCACACAUUUCCGAUUACUGAAUGGCGUCCGUUGUUGCAGUAAACGUAUAUUAUUGAAAAUUUUACCGCCAACGACGUCAAGAAAUUGAAUAAUAAUGAAUUUCGACAUUGGAACAGAACUUCUAAUUCAAUCUCCGGGAAAUGUAUGGACACCGGCUUUUGUAGAAGAAGAUGAUUGUGAUGAAAUUUUUAUAACUUACAAGGAUGGUAAUGGGGCAAAUGAAUGGAUUAAUAAAGACAGUCAUAGAAUUAAACCUAUGAACGAAGAAUGGAUAUCCAAAUUGACAAAAAUUCCAACUCAUUCUGAAAAUAUUGUACCUGAUAUAAAAUCAAUAAUUACUAAUGUUCCAUCCACUGAAAAAGAAAUAUCAAAAAAAUCUACUUCAAGUGUACCACGAUCAUCCAGUAUAUUUAAAGUGAAAUUUAAAAAAGAUGAUUUUUUGUCAAAAAAAACCCAAGAUUCUAAAAAUAAAGAACAAAAAGUAAUGAAAGAUGCUAAAAAGUCUUCAGAUCGUGAAUCAAAACAACUUUUAUUGUGUGGUACUCCUAGUAAUGAAAAACAUUCUACCAGCACAACAUUAAAACAUUCACACAUUGUAGAAAAUUCAGAAAUGGAAGACAUAAAAGUUGCAGAAAGUAUUAAUUCUUCAAAAAUUCCAAAACCUUUGACAGAAACUAAUUUAUUGAGAUCCGAAAAUUUUGAAGAACUAUUAGAAGAUAUUGAAGCAGAAGCUGAAAUAUGUUCACCAACAAAAUCUAUUUCUCGUAAUGAUAUAAAACAAAAGAAAAAAAAAAAAAAAUCAUAUUUUGGUCAAAAAAGGCGGUCUGAAAAAAAAAAAUCAAAAUCAAAAAAAAGUGAAAGUAAAAAGAAAAAAUUAGUAGUUAAAUUAAAUACGAAUAAUGUUAAAAAAGUUAGUACAUUGCCAGAUAAUAGCAUAUUGAAUCAUUCAGAUGAUAAAGAAACAUCACCACCUUUGAAAAAACUAAAACCAUCUCUUCCUAUCAGUAGUCCACAAGAAAAUUCAAUAAAUCAAAGUUGUUCACCUUUAUUCCAAGAACUAGCUAACAAUACUCUACUACAAAAAAUUAGAAUGGAUGCUGCUAAUGAACAAGGAUUAAGAUGUCCAAAACAAGAAUGUCGAAAAUUAUUUCGUAAAGAAAAUCUUUUAAUGAUGCAUAUUAAACACUAUCAUUCUGAAUACACUGAAUUAUUGGUGUCAACACCAAAUGUAACAGAUCUUGCGACAGCAAGAAUCGAAGGUGAAAAUGUUGAUGAAUUAUCUCCAUCAUAUUUUCUUCAUAGAAUAUCUCAAUUAGAAGCUAAAAGAAGUUGGGGCAAUACAUCUUAUGAAACACCUUUGCCAACUACAAUGCCUUCAUCAUUAAAACUGACUGAACAAGAAAUCAGUAAUAAUACCUCUCUUAAUUCUGAAAAUUAUAACACAACAUUCACAUCCAUUGACCAACCAAAUAAUACAACUCAAACUUACAAUUCUAAGGAUUCUGGAAUUUCUGGUGUAGUAGAAUCAUUCAGCUCAAUAACUGAGACGCCAAUUAAACAACAACAAUAUGUUGAAAUGAAAGAAGCUAUUAGAAAUAUAACAUUAAUUGAUGAUUUUGAAAAUGAAACUAGAGACAGUUAUGAUAUGAUAAGUAUAGGAGGCUCAGACAGGCAUUUUAAAAUUAAAAAAAAUAAAUCUGACGUUGAAACUUUACCAAAAGAAGAGGUAAUCAAUUGUUCAUGUGCUUCAAACCAAGAAGAUGGUUUAAUGAUUCAAUGUGAUAUUUGUUUGUGCUGGCAACAUGGAUAUUGUAACAAAAUCGAUUCUGAAGAUCAAGUACCCGACAAUUAUAUUUGCACUAGUUGUUUAAAUCCUCUAAAGAAAAGACGAUCAAAACAAUAUGACUAUUCACAGGAUUGGAUUAAAGAAGGAACAUUAGCCAGUGUCUUGCAACAUAAAGAUGAGCGACGAAGAAAAGAUGAAGCUAUUUUAAAACAGUCUCAUCAGUUAGUAGCUGAAGUAAUAGAACACAAUAAUUAUUUGCACAGUUUACGAGUUAAAACUACAAUUUACGGUCAAACCCCUGAUCAUCCUAAACUUUAUUUGUGGUCUGAACAAGGUUCAACGAGAAAUGAAGAACCUAUUCAAGAUAAGCUUGAAGAAUUGCUUUCUGGUCCAGUACCUGAAAAACCUAUCAACACUUCUGAUUGUAGAAAAAAUUUACUCGUAGAAAUUGAGGAUGGUUUUGACAAUUUAGAAGCCAGAAUUAAUUUAUUUGAAGCUAAGACUAAUGGACUUGAAGAUCAAGUUAAUGGCUGUGUAGAUAAUGAAGUUUUAACAAAUACUGUUACUUUAUUGUUACGAGAUUUAAAUUCAAUCAAUCAUCAUAUGUCAUUUGAAAAUAAUAACAAUAACAAAGAAGAAGAAACUGUUUAAAUAAACUUGUCAUCAUGAUAGAUUUAGUAACACGCUAAUGUUAUGUCUCAAAUUUUAGACAUAUCCAAGUACCAUACAUCAUUUUUAAUUAUUGUUUAUUGGAAUAUUAUAAAAGUAACACAAUUAUCUGACAAAGA